AUGGAUCCAGAUGGGUUUGACGAUGCCCUUGGCUUGUCAAAUGAAAAGUCCCAAAACUUGGGUGCGUACAUCUACCAACCGCCGAAACACGCAAAAGCAGGCGAACGUCCCUCGAAGCGUCGCAAGGUCUCUUCUGGGGCCAAUUUGGAUGGCCAGGCAGAUCGAAAACAAUUCGUGCCCCUCCUAAAUGGAGAGGAGGAUGCAGAGUCCGUUCAGUUACGAUACGAGACCUACAAGCAGCUAUGGUCAAAACAAGAGAACAAGAUCCAGGAUAUUCUGGAGUCCGUUGAUGCUGGAGUUCUGACAGAUGUUUUGUCUUUUGUCAGAGAUACUUCUCCUCAGACGUGUGACGGAUGCAUACCCACAGCGUUGGUCACAGUUGGCUCCAAUGUUUCCUCUCUUAGCAGGCUGUUAUCGCGGCUCAACAGUCAAUUGAUAUCGUCUGAAGAGGGCAGUGUGGUGGUUUUGGAAUCAGGCGAUGCUCCAAACCUUAAAACAACCCUGAAGAACAUCAUUCGAGCAACGGUUACAAACACAGAUGGCAAUGAUGGAUAUCAAAAAUUCUUGACAGACCGUGCUGGACCCCGUUUACUUGGCUACGAUCUCGACCUACUUCACGACUAUGUGCAAAGAAAAGGGACCAAAAAGCUGGUCCUCGCGCUUCGUGACAGUGAGGCGUUUGAUCCUGGACUCUUGACUGACCUCUUGUCACUCUUCAAAUCAUGGCUAGAUCGCAUACCAUUCACCGUCCUACUUGGUAUUUCCACCUCGGUGGAGCUUUUUGAAGGCAGGCUGCCUCGAUCGUGUGUUUCCCUCCUUAGGGGGAAGCAUUUCGAAGUCCAAGAGGCAGGGAACUGUGUGGACCGGAUCUACGAGUCUCUUCAGACAGAUCCAACGACCCAGUUGUGGCUGGGUCGCAACGUGACUGGUACUUUGUUUGAAAAUACCAGUGAUUUCUUCCAAACCCCGGAAGCUUUUAGUCGCAUGGUCAAGUACGCAUACAUGUCUCAUUUCUUCGCAAACCCGCUUGCAGUAUUAUUUGCCAAUCAAUCUCCUGCAAAGCUCACUCAAAGCAAACUUCCUGAGGCCAUUCGAAAUCUUCCAUCAUUCAGGAUGUUCUGCGAGGAUUUGAUUGAAGAGGGUUCUACGGAUCAGGUUCGAAAGCUGCUAGAAAAUGACGAAUACCUGAUUCAGCAGACUGUCAGGUCGGUUGAUGCAGGCCAGCGCAUAAUGCGCAAACUCUUUCAGACGAUUCGCACAAUAUACGUCUGCCUCCAAUAUACACAGACAGGGAAAAAGUCCAGCAUAUCUGACCUCUCUGUCCGUGCACUCUCUGGCGAAUUAUAUGAGUCCAGUGUUGUGGAAGAGAUGUUGGCCACAACCAAGGCACUCGACUCCGACAAGUUGUAUGAAUUGCUCUCGGAUUUGCAGCCUGUCAUUUCCACACCCACAAUUGGAGAAAUUCUACAGAAUCUUCAAAGUUUACUCAGCUCAAGUUCAGGCCCGCUACGCAGCGGAUACAACAUCAACAGCACUGUCACAAAAACCACUGUUGUUCAGCAGCGCAUCCAGCUCAGCAAAGGGAGAGCUGAGCUUUCAGAGCAGGAUUCUCAGUACACCAAGAUAGUCGACCAGUUAGUCGCACUGCUGCAAGAACACCUGACGGAAACCCUGAUCAAUCCUCAAGAUUUGUUCUUGCACGAGGCCUUCUUGUUUGAUUUGAGGAGUCCUUUGAAGGAGACUUUCGGGCCUCGUCCUCGUUUCGCAAUCGAGCGUGCUCUUGUUACUCCGUUCGAUUAUCUCCUUUCGUCCACGGACGCUGCUUCCACCAAUGUGUCAGCUAAACAACCUGCCACCGCAAUUCUCUACCAGCUGUACCUCGACUCUGGUGCUAUGGUGAACGUUCAUGACCUUUGGCAAGCCUUCCUUGGUGUUUUCGAAAAUGACCAAGGCAAGGCCUGCGAUGAUCGAGUUGUGAUGUCCCUGUUCUAUAGCGCCCUUUCCGAGUUGAAGGCAUUCGGCGUGGUCAAGAACAGCCGAAAGAAGGCUGAUCAUUUGGCCAAAUGCGCAUGGAUGGGACUAUAG